AUGUCUCUCUCCACUCAGGGAAUCCAGGGGCCUCGGGGGCCGCCCGGAGAGAUCGGCCAAGAGGGUCCCAAGGGGAAGUGUGGAGAUCCAGGGGUUGCUGGUCCUCUUGGUCCACCAGGCCAGAAGGGUUUAACAGGGGAGCCAGGUUUUCCAGGGCUGCCAGGGGCCUCGGGGCUGCCGGGGUUCAAAGGUCACAAGGGGGAGAGAGGAGAGACGGGCUCUAAAGGACACCAGGGGGAGCCAGGCAGAGAUGGAGAUCCAGGGACUCCUGGUGUACCUCUCAACUCGCCACAACUCGACUCUACUCGACUUGGUUUUGGCCCGCUGUCCGUUUCCCAUUGCAGAUAGUACCCAGAAAUACUCCAGAGAUAGUACUCCCCCAGGUUGGCGCAAGCUUCCCC